AUGCCGACAGAAACCACAUUCCUCGCCUGUCUGAAAGUGACGACCCUCUUUCUCUUCGGCUUCUUCGACAUGAUCAUGACGCCAGCGUACAUAGCUGCGGGCGAGCCUCUGGUCAAGACAGCAGGCGUCGCCCUCUGCGGCGUGAUCCCAGCCGUCUACGUGGCGUGGAGCACGUCACCCUUCGUGGCGGCCAUCCACAUGCACCUGCCGCCGUACGCCCGCUGGUCGCGCGCCAUCCUGGAGCGCUUCGCGCGCACGGCGCCGCCCAACACGCGCCUGGACGUGACGACCAUGAGCCUGAUCGGGAAGCCGCGCGUGAGUUCCAUGGUGCUGUCGGACCUGCGGCCGGCCAGGCGGCGGUUCGGCAUCGUCAACUACGUGCGAGAUACGUCGCUGCUGGAGGCCAAGAGGAGGUGGUGGCGGUUCAAGGCCGUCGGGGAGUUCAAUGUCCAGGAGGACGGGGAUAAGAAGGUGAAGAAUGGGUGGGUGUGGAGGGAGGUGAAGGAGGGGAUUGCGCGGAGGGGUAGUGCGGCGGGUCAGGUUCAAGGGGAGAAGGGGAAAUAA